GGCCGUGUUGUCAAUGUCGGCUUUGCGCACGCAGCCCUUCCGGAGCCGGUGCCGGUCCGCGAGCCCCCACGUCUCUGCAGAAGAGUCCCCGCCCGGGUCCAGAAGGGCCCACGCCGUGGGAGGAGUCGGGCGCUGGCAGGCGACUAACCCAGGUCGGACUGCCGGACCAACUGAGGAGGGACCCGGAUCACGCAGAGAGGGACCCCGGCGCUGCGAGCCCCCAGGACUCCUCUCAUCGAUCUGUGGCAUCCACUAGUUCCGGACACCCAUCCCCGCAGAGCCCCCAAGCCCGCGCGCUCAGCCCCGGGGGAGCCCGCCCCCGCCCCGCGGCCCGCCCGGGCCAUGCUCCCCCGGGGCAGCGGCUGAGCCCGUGCCGGGGCCCGGACCGGAGCCCGUGCGGAGCAUGGAUCCGGGCUGGGGGCAGCAGGACGUGGGCUGGGCGGCCCUGCUGAUCCUCUUCGCCGCCUCGCUGCUCACGGUGUUUGGCUGGCUGCUACAGUAUGCCCGGGGCUUGUGGCUGGCACGGGCCCGCGGGGGCCGGGGGCCGGGACCCGCCUUAGCUGCCGAGCCCGCGGGCUCCCUUCGGGAGCUGGGCGUGUGGCGCUCGCUGCUGCGGCUGCGGCCGACUCGGGCUGGUGCCCCCGAGGAGCCAGGCGUCCGGGGCCUCCUGGCGUCGCUCUUCGCCUUCAAGUCUUUCCGAGAGAACUGGCAACGGGCUUGGGUGCGAGCGCUGAACGAGCAGGCCUGCAGGGACGGGAGUUCCAUCCAAAUCGCCUUUGAGGAGGUGCCCCAACUCCCACCCAGAGCCAGCAUUAGUCAUGUGACCUGCGUAGACCAAUCAGAGCGCACCAUGGUGCUGCAUUGCCAGCUCUCUGCUGAGGAGGUGAUGUUCCCAGUCUCCGUGACCCAGCAGUCCCCCGCUGCCGUCUCCAUGGAGACCUACCACGUCACUCUGACACUGCCACCAACACAGUUGGAAGUCAGCCUGGAGGAAAUCCCUGAUGAAGGGCUGCUUGUGUCCUGGGCCUUCACUGAUCGUCCAGAUCUCAGCCUGACGGUGCUUCCCAAGCUGCAGGCCAGGGAGAGAGGCGAGGAGCAAGUAGAUCUCUCCACCAUUGAGGAAUUGAUUGAGGAUGCCAUUGUCAGCACUCAGCCAGCCAUGAUGGUCAACCUCAGGGCUUGCUCUGCCCCUGGAGGCCUGGUAUCCAGUGAGAAGCCACCCACGGUGCCCCAGGCGCAGCCAGCCAUCUCCAGACCUAUCCGGUUAUUCCUACGGCAGCUUCGAGCAUCUCACCUGGGAGGUGAAUUGGAAGGCACUGGGGAGCUAUGCUGUGUAGCUGAGCUCGACAACCCUGCACAACAGAAGUGGACCAAGCCCACAAGUGCCGGUCCCGACGUGCAGUGGACUGAUGACCUGGCACUGGAUCUGGGCCCCCAGAGUCGGGAGCUGACCCUCAAAGUGCUGAGGAACAGCAGCUCUGGAGACACUGAACUCUUGGGCCAGGUCACGCUGCCUGUGGGCUCCCCUUCCAGACCGCUGUCCCGAAGACAGGUAUGCCCGCUCACCCUAGGGCCGGGGAAAGCCCUGGGACCAGCGGCCACCAUCGCAGUGGAGCUUCAGUAUGAGGAGGGCUCCCCCCGGAACCUAGGUACACCUGCUCCCUCCACUCCACGCCCCAGCAUCACUCCCACCAAGAAGAUCGAGCUGGACCGGACCAUCAUGCCUGAUGGCACCAUCGUGACCACAGUCACCACCGUCCAGUCCCGGCCUCGUGUAGAAGGGAAACUAGACUCCCCCUCCCGCUCCCCGUCCAAGGUGGAGGUGACCGAGAAGACUACGACUGUGCUGAGUGAGAGCAGCGGCCCCAGCAGUGCCUCCCACAGCAGCAGCCCAGGGGAGAGCCACCUUUCCAACGGCUUGGACCCUGUAGCAGAGACAGCGAUUCGCCAGCUGACGGAGCCCAGCGGGCGGGCAGCCAAAAAGACACCCACCAAGCGUAGCACUCUCAUCAUCUCUGGCGUUUCCAAGGUGCCCAUCGCUCAGGACGAGUUGGCACUGUCUCUGGGCUAUGCGGCAUCCCUGGAGGCCUCAAUGCAGGAUGAUGUGGGAACCAGUGGAGGUCCCUCCUCACCUCCCCCAGACCCACCGGCCAUGUCUCCAGGACCCCUAGAUCCCCUCUCCAGCCCCACGAGCGUCCAGGAAGCAGAUGAGACAACACGUUCGGACAUUUCUGAGAGGCCAUCUGUGGAUGAUGUUGAGUCAGAAACAGGGUCUACUGGCGCCCUGGAGACCCGCAGCCUCAAGGAUCACAAAGUGAGCUUCCUGCGCAGUGGCACGAAGCUUAUCUUCCGCCGGAGGCCUCGACAGAAGGAAGCUGGUCUGAGCCAAUCACACGACGACCUCUCCAACACGACGGCCACCCCCAGUGUCCGAAAGAAGGCUGGCAGCUUUUCUCGCCGCCUUAUCAAGCGCUUUUCCUUCAAAUCCAAACCCAAGGCCAAUGGCAACCCCAGCCCCCAGCUCUGAGGGCCCUCCUCACCUUUUGAGCGAGGAGAGGGCAGGAGUCCUCUCAGCCCACCCUCCACAUCCUCUUCCAUUCCCCUUCCUGGAUUCCCAACAGCCUGGGCCAGGGAAGCCCUCUGGGUUCCAGGAAGCCCUGUCCACCCUGGGCUGUGGGGCCAGUUGGAAGGGUGCUUACAACAGGAAGCAUGAGAGAGGCGGGCACCUGUUGCUGAGAACACAGAAAAGGGAGUGGGUGGCCGGAGCAAGAGGAGGGCUCUGCCCCUGCACUUGUGGGCAUUCCUCGGAACUGGUUGUGCUGUCGACAUUGGCCCCUCAGAGGAGUCCCAGGGUGCUCAGCUCCUCAGCUGGUCCUUCCUCCCCUAUUUAUUCUCUUUUCUAUUUAUAUGUGUGGUCCAGGACCCUCAGUGCACAGACGAGAGAGGGCAUCUCUCCCAGGUGACCCUUCUUUCCUGUCCCAGGAAGGUAGGCAAUUCCCUUUGGGACAGGACUCCCUUGUCUCCCUCAGGUCCCCACUCUGACCAGCACCAGUGUCUGCCUCUGAGGACAUUGGCAGCUCACAGAAAGCCGGGCCGGUGCCCGGGCUGGGGGGCAGGUACUCCCCACCUCCCUGCCUCCCCUCCUGCUCCUCGUCCCUCCCUCCCUUUAUUACCGUUUUUGUACUUGAUGCCUUCUCUGUGAGCAGUGGCUCUGUUGGAAGGAGGGAGCCCAGAGCUGGGUGGGAGCCUUCCCCAGAGCGAUGGCUCCAGAGGCUUUACUAAAGACUGAUGAUGAUGGAGCGAGAGCAGGGCUGCACCCUCCGCGUGUUGGGAGAUGAUGAUGUCCAUUGCUGUGUGAUGGCUUGGAAUUUAAUUUAUUAAAUUAAAGUCAAAUUGGAGUUUA